CUGUGGUUAAUAAUCAUAUGUUAGUGGAAAUGUUAACCAUCAAAAUUACUGGUGAACUUUGUUUAUAGUUUUGGGAGGUACCUUUUUAACCUAAGUUAUUAGAUUUUCAUACUUUGGUUUAAAAAUUUAUGUUGCGUUAUUUAAAUUAUUUCUACAGUAGUAUUCCGGUCCGGAUUCCCUUAUUUGAUCAAGAAGCUCCAUCAACCAUUUUUUCGUGCCAAGGCUGCUGUACCCCUAGCCCUAGAUGUUUUAUUUGCCAGACUAGAUAGCCUAAUUAUACUAAUGGAUCCAGAUUCAAAUGGAAAAUAAAUUAGUUUUAUUGUGUUUCUGCUAAUUUACAGUUUGUGUUUGGCGUUUUAUUCAAAGAAUUCUCUUAGGUGGCUCUAUACUGCCAAUUUUAGGUUGGUCUGUUACCAAGAGUGACUAGGAUAGGUAUAGCCUAAUGGCAGAAACUGUGAGAACUCCUGUGUUUGGGUCAAGACCCCCUUGUGCUUACAAAUCUCGCUUGGAAGAAAGAAAAAGCAAAGCAAGGGCUUUGAGAGCAGAGAGAAAUAGAAAACCAGAAAAACCAGAUGACUUUGUUUGUUACGAAGACUCAGAAGAUGAAGAUGAACUUCUCACUUACUCUGCAGAAAAAGAAAUUCUAAACAAGUCCUACAACUUUGCAGAUUUCAUUCGAAGUAGAGAAAGUGGUUUAAAAGAACAUAGAUCUUUUAAAACUAACUAUGGUUCACGUCAUAUACUAACUAAUGACAUGUUUAAAGAAAGACCCAUUCAACUGAACACUAUGAACAAAGUGUUUUGUUCACAGUGGUUAAGUGAUAGACAAGUUGCAUUUGGUACUAAGUGUAACAAGCUCAUGGUAUAUGAUGUGAUUACUCAGCGAAUUGACCAAAUUCCAUCGUUAAGCAGUCGGAGCGACCGAGCUGUAGAACUCCCACCAGAGCAGCAGUGUGGCAUUCACUCGUUACAGAUCAACCCUUCACGCACAUUGUUGGCCACCGGUGCCAAGAACAGCUCUGAUAUUGCUGUCUAUCGGCUCCCCACUUUAGACCCUGUCUGCGUCGGAGAGGGAGCUCACCGGGACUGGGUGUUUGACAUGUGUUGGCUGGACGACCAGUUCCUAGUGAGCGGGUCGCGGGAUGCUCGAAUGGGUCUGUGGAGAAUAUCAGAACCAGACAGCUGUAACGAUGACGACAUCCCCACCUACCAAUCCAUCUCUGCUGUCUGCGUCAAGGAGUGUAAAUCGGCACAGAAAGUGAGGGCGCUCGCAUUUAAUAGACGAGCCAGAGAACUCGCCGCUUUGUCUCUCAAUGGGUACAUUCAUGUGUGGAGUGCUGAAACAUUUCAACAGAUCAUCUCUCGCAAGCUACCAUCGGUACAGGAGAAUGUUUGUAUGGCAGUGAGGGACAACGGUUCUAUGUAUGCCGUCGGCUGCCGGUCCUACACCUUACUAUUGGACUCCCGUACAGUCCAAGCCAUCAAGAAAAUCUCAUCUAGAUACAGUGGUUGUGGUAUCCGCUCGGCCAGUUUCCAAACAGACACCCUUACCAUCGGCACAGGGCUGGGGAUGGUCAUGUUCUAUGACCUCAGAGCCAACAAAUACUUGGAAAGUUCCAUCAACUCAUCCAGAACUGUGGUGCUCAAGGCUUCUCGUGGAUAUGUGUUUCCUGAUGAGGAGUACCUGGAUGGUUUCCAGCAAGUGCGCUACACGCCAGCCAUCUACACACACUGUUUUGACUUUUCCGGCACUCGUCUUUUCACUGCCGGAGGACCACUUCCCGCUAACCUCUACGGCAACUAUGCUGGUCUAUGGCGAUAACCAAAGUCUGAUAAAAGUGUUUAAUAUUAAAAUUGUAUCCUAAAACCCCCAAUUGCAACCAAAAAUAUUCAAAAGGUUGUGUGUGGUGUUUCUUUUUGAACGCACUACUUCUAAAUCAUUUGAUAAUUUAUAUUAGUAACUUAGAUUUUAUCAAUGUCAUUUACUUAUCUACAAAAAUUAUACAGCUCUCUGGAUCAUAUACUGUGGUAACAUUGUUACGUUUAUUAUUGUCUAUUUUAUCAAAAUUUGUUUUAAAUAAUAGAAAAUAUUGUGCAAUA